AUGAAGCAUAGGCUCGGCUGGGUGAAGCGAGGAAUGUGGGUGUGGGAGGACGGCUUGGCAGAGCCGAAGCAGGCGUACCGCAUGUCCGGUGACGUCCUUGCCGCGGCCUACUACUUCAAGAUGGCCGCGGCCCAGGGCCACACUGACUCGCAGUACCAGCUCGCCCGCAUGCUGGUUCGCGGAGAGGGCCUCAAGCGGAACGAUCAGAAGGCGGUCGAGUUUCUGACGCUCGCGGCGAAGAAGGGCCACGCGAAGGCUCAGGAGGGCCUCGGCCUGAUGUACCGCCAGGGCCUCGGCGUCGAGCCCGAUGCGGAGGCUGCAGCCAGAUGGCUCAGGAAGGCCGCGGACCAGCGGGACCCCGAGGGGGCGUACGUGCUCGGGUGCAUGCUGCGCUCGGGGGAGGGCAUCAAGAAGGACCUGCCCGAAGCCGUGCGCCUGUUCGAGGUGGCCGCAGACCGGGGGCACGCGGAGGCCGCCGCGGAGCUGGCCGUCAUGCACCUCACCGGCGAGGGCACCGACAUCGACGAGGAGGGGGCGAGGUUCUGGCUGUCGCAGGCAGACCUGCUCGCGGAGAAGGAGAGGGAGGAGAAAGCGAAGAAGGCCCCCGAGCAGGCGGGGGAGCGGAUGUCCCAGUCACUGGCGGCGCGGUGA